AUGAGUCGUUGGCAACAUUUCUUGACACCAUAUGUUAUAGUUUUGCAUGCAACUAAAAAGGCAAAUAAGAGCAACAAAUAUGCUUUUGCAAAUACUAAAAAAGAAUGUGUACGACAUAUUAAAAGUUGUCAAAAUUUUACGCAAAAAUAUAAUUUACAGCAAAUAGAAAAACUUCUCAAUGAUGUGGCAAAAGAUGGUGCAAAGUUAAAAUCAUCUAAAAAAAGAUGUCGUACAAAAUCAUCUUCAUCUGAUGAAUCAUCUGUUGAUGACAAUAAUUCAAUGCUUGAGAAAAAUAAAAAUAAUAACUUGGAAGAAACAUUAUCAA